AUGCUCGACUCCUGCGUCCCGGCAAUGCAAGCUGGUCAAGGCAUAUUGUCCACAACACCACCGCUUCGGACGCCGACAACAUCAUUACCACACUCGCUCGACUCGUCAACCGUUCUUAAGCCUCCAGCCGGGGCGAUCUUGGAGAGCAUUCUUGGCGCGGCCGCUGUUUCCGUCCUCGUCAUCAUCAGCUGCGUCAUCGUCAUCCGAAAGAUGAAUGCGUCUCGGACAUUGAGGGUACGGGCGGGUGCUUCGCGGAGUUCUCUCACUGUAUCCGCGUCGUCUAGACAGGGUCAUCGGCAGGCCGAUAUACCGCUGUCUACUCUGCCUGGAACCGUGCGUGCUGCCCAGGAUUGCAAGGCGGGCAGGCCUCGCGGGGCCGAAGUCCGCAGCGGCACAUAG